UGACUAUCUGUUCAAGCUCCUGCUCAUUGGAGACUCUGGUGUAGGAAAGUCUUGUCUUCUACUGCGUUUUGCUGAUGACACCUACACAGAGAGCUACAUCAGCACCAUUGGAGUGGACUUUAAGAUUCGCACCAUCGAGCUGGAUGGCAAGACCAUCAAAUUGCAGAUUUGGGACACUGCAGGCCAGGAGAGGUUUCGUACUAUCACCUCCAGUUACUAUCGUGGAGCCCAUGGCAUCAUAGUUGUUUAUGAUGUGACCGACCAAGAGUCCUAUAACAAUGUCAAGCAGUGGCUUCAGGAAAUUGACCGAUAUGCCAGUGAAAAUGUCAAUAAACUUCUGGUGGGCAACAAGUGUGACUUGACGACUAAGAAAGUAGUGGACUACACAACUGCUAAGGAGUUUGCUGACUCUUUGGUGAUCCCCUUUCUGGAGACCAGUGCCAAGAAUGCCACAAACGUAGAGCAGGCUUUCAUGACCAUGGCAGCCGAGAUCAAGAAACGCAUGGGCCCUGGGGCCACAGCCGGCGGGGACAAGCCCAACUUAAAAAUCGAUAGCACCCCCGUCAGGCAGUCUGGAGGGGGCUGCUGUUAAAGGACCUACAACCAUCUCAGUGAUUUCUCUACUCUGUUCCCUCCCAUCACCCGUAGAACUCACACCCCACCAUAUAGCCCACUCCCACUCCCGACUUUCCCCCUGUGACCUGCUCGGACAGAGGUCUAAACUGCAAAGUCAGAUUGAAUCUGUAUGAGGGUUAAUUCAGACCUGUUUGAUUAGACAGAGAGGAAAGCAACCAGGAAACACACUGAGACCAUUUUAUCUUUUGCCGUGGAGGCAGAAGGAAAUGAGAUUAGCAUUAAUUUAAAAUGACACGGAGAUAAAAGAUUAGGUUCAAAUUCAAGUGAGGUUAUUGCUACGAAACACACACACACAGUAGUGAUGGCACGAGUUACAAAAAUUAAAGCCAUUUGGCCAAAUGCAUUUGUCCUUGGGCUCCGUCUGUUUUUACUGAUCUCAGCCCAAACUUCACUCGCUCUGUACACACUCACUACGCUACACACUGUGGAUGACCUGAACUCUGUAGGAUGCUAGCAGUCUAACUGUGACGCAUCGUUGUUAUUCCUGAGGAGGGUCUAGGAUGGAUGGAUGGUCUAGGGAAAGCCCAAUCAGGGAGCCCCUCUCCUUCAUCUGUUUCCUUCCUCUUCUGAGCCACUUUUUUAUAGUGUGUUUAGACAAAAGCAAGGUGAAUGUUUUUAUUAUGUAACUCUUGUUUGAGGAGUCGGCGUUCUUUCGCCUCAGUCAGCCAGUGUACUAAACAUGCAGACGUGUGCUGUGAGCCAGCAGGAAGCAGACCCCACUGACUGUGUCGACCAGAGUCUGCUUUCUCUGUCUGUGUGUUGGAACGGUUACAUUUCCCCCAAAGUUUUUAACUCGAGCACCCGGGUCUGACUUUGCUUCAUCAUGUAUCAUUUAUUGUGUAAUAUAUAGUCACAUGUUCUGUGUGGACACGCCUCGCUCACUCUUUCUCAAACAGACUGGGACUCUGCUACGGCCUCCUUAGUGCUGCACUCUGUUUCAUCCAUGUAAAGAGAUGGAAAGUGUUGAUGUGAAAGAUGGCAGGAGGAGAACUUGCUCUCAGUCUCUUUAUAGUGUAAGAGCAAAGUAACUAAGCCUUUGUAGCAGAGGCUAGCACGAUGAACCACAGGGUCACCUGAGCCUGACUCUUACUGUUGUUUUGUUGUUUUUGAUUGGAGUCAAAAAUUCAGAUAUCAAUAAAACCACCAAUAUUUGUAUUUAUCUACCUACAGAAUGUAAGUAUUGAAUAGAAUCAGAGCUGCUCUGCUGGAUAAACUGAUCGCACCAUUUCUAAAUUAUCUCCAGCAUCUUUUUGCUACAUUCUGUAUGGAUGAUAAACUGAACUCGGGCCAUGAAGGUGUUUCCCUGACACUGCACAUAGAUGAUGAAGGAUGACUGAGCUGGAGUGAAGAGAUUCACUCAGUCAUGUUUCAUCAAAGCCUGCAGAACUUUUUGUCCCAGGAAAUGUUUUUCAGGGUCUUAAAGGUUCCUUUAGAUUGGAGUUUGUCUGUGUUUCCACUGCAGUCUGGAGCCAGUCAGUCUACUGGAAUGCAAUAAAGAUGAGCAACCAUG